AUGGGCUUCGAUUACUACGGAAUAUUGGGCAUAAAGCGGAAUUGUGCACAGAUUGAAGUGAAGAAGGCGUACCGGCGCCUCGCGCUCAAAUACAACCCGGAGCGCCACGAUAAUGACGAAAACAUGAAGAAAAUAUUCGCCCUCAUCGGAGAGGCUUAUGAAGUACUAGUAGACCAUAAAAGAAGAGCCGUUUACGACCAAUACGGAGAAGAGGGACUCAAAAGAGGAGUUCCUGGACCGAAGGAAUACAUACAACCAUACGCUUAUCACGGAGAAUCUUUGAGGACAUUCCACGAAUUCUUUGGCACUGCUAACCCGUAUGCUGAUUUACUGGAUUAUUACGAGAAUCCGCCACCAAUGUUCGAGUCGCCGUUAGGCAAAGGUUACAAAGAAAAAGAUCCAACUAUAGUUAGACCGCUAGCUUUAUCCCUCGAAGAAGUUUACAAAGGCGGUUUGAAGAAAAUGAAGAUCCAGCGAUUGGUCUUUACAGACGAAACUUGUUCAGAAUUAAAACUAAGAGAGAAGGUGCUCUCCAUUCCUAUCAAACCUGGAAUAUAUCCGAAUACUGAAAUCAAAUUCAAAGAGGAAGGCGAUCAAGGUCCUACCAGGAUACCGGCCGAUGUUAUUUUUAUUACUGAGGACCGUCCUAACGAGACCUAUGUAAGGUCGGGCCUAAGCGAUUUAUUGUACGUUCACAAUGUGUCAUUAGAAGAGGCAUUAUGUGGAUUUACUAUAACAUUGAAAACUUUGGACGACAGGGUUUUAAGAGUUAAAAUCGAUGACGUCAUCCAUCCGACGUACGAGAAGAUAAUCGAAGAUGAGGGGCUACCGGUACCGAAAUGUCCUUUGAAGGCAAAAGGAAAUUUGAUUAUCAGGUUCACCGUUACAUUCCCCGAAUAUCUGUCCACGAAAACGAAAAGUGCUUUUGAAGAAGCGUUCAGAGUGAUGGAUGAUGAAAACGAGAAGUUCGAAAAAUUGCCAUGUGGAACUAUAUCCAUUCCUUCUAUUAUUUGA